UGGAUUCCCAGCUCCCAAUAAAUUUAACUUUUUUUGUGUUGUAAAAAAUACAUAUAUGCACGCUGUAAACACGAUUAAAAUUUAUUCAGUGUAAGUGCUUAAUUACUUUUUUCAAUUUGAACCAGAAUUCGCGAUGGAUUAAUUUAUCAAAGGCUACUUCCUCUAGCAAAAUGACUGAGUUUUUGUCUGGCAACAACCCAUGUGAGCGGUUCGUGUUGAAUUUGGUUUCGAGAGGAAACUACAUAAUCGCCGAGCUUCUGCGCAUCAAAGAAACGAUUCCUGCCGAAUUCAAUAAGAUUUACAAUUUUUGCAGAACUGUCCCCAGAAAAAAGCAAUCACAGAGCUUCUCUGAUGUUAUAUUCGACUUCAGCUAUUUCAAAAAUUCCGACGAUAUUGAAAAGAAGAUUGAAAAUAAUGCUCGUUUACAAGAACUGGACGCCCAACUUCGGGAGAAGUACACAGACAUUUUGCAGAGUUGUUACUUUGUGCUUGAGGAAAUCCACAAGUUUGCCAUUGACCUGAACCAAUUAAUUGCUGACCUGGAAGGUGGCAAGUUCCUUCAGCAGAGUUUAGAGUCAAUGAUGACUGGAAACGAGAGCAAGCAAUUAAUGUGCGAGGCUCUUUAUUUGUACGGGGUGAUGCUGAUUGUGUGUGAAACGCACCUACCUGGCUUCAUCAGAGAGAGGCUGCUGGUCAGUUGCUACAGGUACAACGCCCAAAACGCCAAGUCCUCCGGCACUUCCCUCGACGACGUCUACAAACUGAUGCGCUCCUGCAACUCCACUGUCCACUACCACGAAGACCUCUUUUUGAGAGUUCCUCUGAACGAAGACUAUGUGGAGCAGGUGCUCGACUGCCUCCGGACGGACGACAUUUACCACCAAGUGGUUGCCUACCCUCUGCCUCAACACCGAAGUGCUGCCCUGGCCACACAGGCUGCCAUGUUGUACGUGUGCCUCUACUUUUGUCCCUCCGUUCUGCACAACCAAGUGCCAAAAAUGAGAGAAAUCGUUGAUAAAUACUAUCCCGACAAUUGGGUAAUUAAUGUCUACAUGGGUCUGACUGCAAAUUUGGCAGAGGCGUGGGACCCUUUCAAGGCAGCCAUAGCCGCCCUGAACAACACUUUGGACCAGUCAAACUUGAGAGACUACUCUGGACGACGCCAUGUUAAACUUCAAAAAAUAUUGAAUCAGAGCAAGCAAAUGCUGCUGGAGGGCUACUUGAAUGAAGAGUUUGUCCUGAGUCAUGUGACAAACGUGAUUGCUCUGCUGAGAGAAUGCAACAUCACUCUGCGGUGGUACAUGUUGCACUCGGCGGCGCUGAACACCUCUGCAGAAAACAUCAAGAGGAGCAAACACGCCCAAGACCUGAUGCUGCUCGAGUCAAAAUUCAGCUCAAAGGACAUUUUCCAACUGCUCCUCAACACCUCUCAAUUAGAAUUGAAGAUCAAGGAGUUUUUCAAACAGCUGCUGAGUGAGAAAACACAAAAGUGGUUGGCGCACAGGCAAGACUCCCAGGAAAAGCUGCAAGAAUUGUCUGCUUUGUUCUCUGGAACUAAAGCUCUACCUAAAGUUAUUCAAAACGAGAGUCUCCAAACCUGGUUUGCUGAAACGGCUUCCACUGUUGGCUCCUUAGACAUCGAAGACCAAACUGCCAAAAACAAAAUCUUCCAUUUAGUCCAGGCGCUUGAAGAAGUCCAAGUUUUCCACCAGCUGGACAGUACUGUUGAGGUUCGUCAGUGUUUGGAGGACACUCGAAACCUCCUCAAGACCAUGCUGAGACUUUCGACGGUAAAGGAAGACUGGUUGGUGGCUUUGCAAAUCAUUGGUGACUUCAAUUACGCCUGGGUCAACAUCGGCAGCUACACCAACAUGAUGCAGAAUGGAAUUAAGGAAGACCCACUGCUUGUCGGAAAGCUCAGAGCUAUUUUUAUCAAACUUUCGUCAGCAAUGGAAACGCCUUUGAUCAGAAUCAACGAAGCUGGAAGUCAGUACUUGCUGCCAGUUUCUCAAUUCUAUUCUGGCCUGCUUGUUGCGUACGUCGGCAGAGUCCUUCACGUCAUCCCCCAAAUGACUUUUACUCUGAUGGCUAGGAUUAUUGAUCUGCAAACAAACACCCUCGUCGAACUGCCCACUCGACUGGACAAAGAUGCGCUCAAGACAUUCUCCCAGCUCAACACUAGAUUUGAAGUUGCUCAGUUGACAAAUUCUGUGAGCGAAUUUGCAGAGGGAAUUUUAACCAUGAAAAGCACACUCAUGGGCAUUUUACGAGUCGAUCCCAAGCAGAUUUUUGAGGAGGGAAUCAGACGAGAACUUGUUACCCAUGUAGCUGACACCCUGGACCAACUCUUGGUUUUCAAUCCAAAAUCUAAAGGCGAUCUGAUCACAAAACUUGAGGCUCUUGGCAAGGCCAUGGACGGUUAUCAGCGGUCUCUGGGCUACAUGCAAGACUACGUUCGCAUGAACGGUGUGCAAAUAUGGCAGGAGGAGAUGUCGAAGCUCUUUGCUUACAGCUUGGAACAAGAGUGUGCCGAAAUUAACUCGUCCUUGUCCCCUAAGACAAUAUCCCCAAAUUCUGUCAACUUCAUAGGCAGACUGACCAGAGAAAUCAUCAGAGUUUCAGAUCCAAAAGCGACCUUUUACUCCGAAGAAAAAGACGCGUGGUGUGAUUUGAAAACAAAGGCUGAAGUCUUGAACCCAAAAACGUUCCAGGCCAUUUACAAUUCAAUCGCAGUCUGGGGCUUGUCAAGUGUGGACAAAGUUUUGGGCCACAUGAUUGCUGCUGAACUCAACUUUUUCCUCCACACAACCUACAACGAGCUUCUGCAGGACCGAACCAAUCUCGAACUGUUUGGUAAAAUCUCAAAGACUCUCUAUUCAUCAGAACUGAUAGUUAAUCCUACCAGUGCUUAUCCUCAACUGGCGGCGCGCCUGCUGAAAACGCUGCCCACCUUGACCGAGUCCGCAUUGAAAAUUGGGCAGAUGCAGAUGAUCAAGAAAGGCAUUGUGAGGCAGUUGCGGAUUUCAAGUCAAUACAGUGCCCGUCACCUGACUUCAGUUUUGAAAUCCUUCAAUAAUUGCUUGUUGACUGAAAUCAAGGCGCAUUUCAACGAUCCAAAGAGCGCGGUCCACCCCAAAGAAAACGGAGACCUUCUUCCUGAGUUGACCACUUACCUGGAGUGGGUCGGAGAGUCCGAGCCGAGUUUGAAAAUUUACCACGCCUCCAGGAGCAUCCCUUACUUGUCACUGCUGAUGUUCCUCCUCUGCAUCUCACAAAUCACCAAAAUAAACUUUCCCAAAAACGGCGACACCCUUUUGGUGAGCGCAGGUCUCGACGGCCACAUCCUCACCCUGGGGGUGCACACCAUCCUGCACCACUUUCACUCAAACGUGCACGACCAGUUCACGACCUACUUCAGCCAAGCCGUCAAUUCCUACUUCAGUGCCAAUUUACAGAAUAAUUUAAAAACUGGAUCAGUUCCUUUUGAAAUCACCAAUUGCAUUACAUUUUUGGACAAGAUCUGUGCCCUGAACGGAACUAUUCCCAAAACUGCCAUCUCGGACGCUAUUUUGAGCCAGCCUUGAAGUUUAAAGUGGUUCGAAGCUGCUUUUGUGAUCUAAAUCGAAGACUCUCUUUGGUGAUAAGUACAGGUAAUUUUUAAGUGAGUUAUUUUUAUCAUGGACGCUGUUGAAAUCAAAAUUAAAGUUAAGCAAAUAAUUGAUUUUCUGCUGGUAUUGUGCAAAUUAUAAACAAAGUAUAAUAUUCUUUUCAAACAUCACAACUCUUUAUUGAAUGUACAGUUGCGCGAAGGUUAAGUAAAGGGAAAAAUAUAAAAACGCA